UGCUAGUUUAGUGUAAAUGACCGUGAAUUUCUAAAAUUGAAAUUAAAUCGGUAUUUAAGAUUAUCGAUAUAUCGAUCGAGAUAGAACCGUAUUGCCACCACUAAUACUGCACGACAGAACAAAACAAUAACAUUCGGUUUGUUUUGUAAACAAGUUGCAUAUGAAAUGGAAACUGAUGGGACAAGUUCCAAAUUGGCGGCAGAUUCACCGCCAGAAGACCACCGUACCAGCCAGAAUUCGGAAAUCAUGAGUUCUUUAGAUAAGGGCUCAAAAGAAUCAACUUUAGAAAAUCAGGCAAAACUUUACGACAUCAACAGGCUUCGAUUAUUCAAGGAUGUUCCCUUUCUCAUCAGGCGCAUGGAGCCCCAGGACAUGACUUUAACGUAUGACAGGGCUGUAGAACAAGUACAGAUAUUACUGAAUAUGUUGCAAAGCAACAAUGUUCCAGCCGGAGCGGGAAUUGCCCUCCGAAUCACGGAGCACACGCCGGCCUCUAGUCUUCUUAUUCUAGCGAUACUCAACCACAAGUGCCACUUCUUUCCAACGGAUAAGAUGCUGCUCUCCCAGGAGCUAUACGAACAGAUGGGCGCAGCUGGAGUGGAUUAUCUUUUCGUCAACAAGCAUUUGGCAGUUGGAUCUCUAAACUUUUUGCGUCUGAGCACCAUUUUAGUGUUGGAUGAGGACUGCAAGCUUUACAAGGUGAAGCACAAAGUUACCGAUUCUGCUGUAAAGGCCAAGAAGCCCCUGCCCGCCAAUAUGUGCUACACCAUCACCACAACGGGAAGCACAGGAAAACCCAAGGUCAUACAUGUGCCUUACGAAUGUAUCGCCCCCAACAUAUUAGCGCUUAGUCAGAAGCUAAACGUUUCCAUGGCCGACAUCAUUUAUCUAGGCACACCCUGCACCUUCGAUCCCUUCGUGGUGGAAUUUUUUCUAGCUCUGCAGAAUGGAGCUACUUUACUAACCAGCCGCCACUCUAUGAAGGAGUCCCCUAGCAAGGUGCUAAGUGCCCUCUUUCCCGACAAUUUGUCUACGCCGGGAAUCACAAUCCUGCAGAUGACUCCUUCGCUGUUCCGGCAAUUUGGAGCCACUUCAAUCAAAGAGCGAGUGUUGAACAGAUCCAGUUCACUAAGAGUCCUUCUCCUUGGCGGUGAACCGUUUCCCUCCAAUGCUGAGCUGGUUACUUGGAUGGAUCACAAUGUCCUUUUGCAAAAACAUAUUUGCAACGUUUAUGGAAUCACAGAGUUAUCCUGUUGGAGUCUCUUGCACAUUGUCCACUCACUACAAACCCCUGUGCCUUUGGGUAUGCCAAUUGAAGAUGAUAUGGUUUUACGAAUUCAAUGUCAAAAUGAUGGCGAAAUCCAGAAAGGAGAGCUUUUUCUGGGCAGUACAUCGCGGCUUUGCUACAUUCCAGAAAUAGAUGACGCAGCGGAAACUUCAAAAAAUGAUUCCGGCAUAUUGUUUAGAGCGACGGGGGAUUUAGUCACCCGACAUCAGAACGGAGCAAUAUUUUAUGAGGAGAGGUCAAACGAUGUGGUAAAAAGAGCUGGUAAUCGCAUUAGCUUGGGUUUAAUCACUCGAAAAAUACAAAAAUGUCUGCACAGCAGCGAACUUACCACGUGCCUGUGGCUCGAAGAUUUGCAGAAGCUUAUCUGCUGUAUUCGCACAUUGGAGCCAAAAACUAAAGUUCAACAGCGAGCCCAGACCUUUGAUAUACUUUCCAAGGUAUCAAUUGCAGAGCAACCAGAUAGAUUUGUUUAUCUGCAAAACUUCCCUUGCAAUAUACAUGGCAAAUUAGACAAGCAACUACUGCUCAAGAUGUGCAUCCCCCUCGCUCAGCCAGCUCAACAAAUAUUGAAAAGUUAUCUGCACGAUAGGCUGGAAUGUGUAGAAGACUCUGAAAAUAAAUCGGCAAAGAGGCAGCGUUUGGAUGAUAGCGAGCCCUCUGGCUACGACUUGAGCUUUCGGCAGGCUGGUGGCACAUCUUUUCAUGCCAUCACCAUUUGCCGGGAGAUAGGGCUGCAAAUGUGCAUUGAUGAUGAACAGCGACACUUAUUUGAGAUGCUGCUAGACGAGAACAUUCCGUUGCGCACAGUUUUCAGAUUCUUGGACACUGCCAAGUUGGUGGCCACUAAUGUCAAGCGAAAACUAGUUGAGCCGGCAGUAGUUAGCUCCUGCCCUGCUGGCCUCGUAAUCAAAAGAAUUGAACAGCCUGUACUCAAGCUUCAAUUCCACUGGAAAGUAGACUUUGAAAAAUGCGUUGACUCGCCAGUGACCGAAUACGAGGGACGCUACAUUUGCGUUGGCGCACAUUCCAAAAUUUUACGAACUUUAGAUCCGCAGACUGGUAGCGAGCUUAGCACUGUCAGGCUACCAAACCGAAUCGAGUGUAAGGUGACGUUUCUGAGCGAGAAACUGGCUAUGGUUGGCUGCUAUGACGGUUGCCUUUACGGAUUUAAUCCCCAAACUGGUGACAUUGUGUUUUGCGUAGAGAUUGGGGGAAUGAUUAAGUCCCAACCCUUGCUAACCGCGGAUGGUCGUCGAAUUAUAAUCUGCUGCUAUGCAGAGGACUAUAAUGUAUAUUGCUUAUCCGCCGAAUUGCAAGAAGUUCUUUGGUGCCUGAGGAUCGGUCAGAAACCGAUAUUCGCCGGCUCUCUAGAGCUGCCAAGCGAACAAUCGGUUAUCAUCUGCACUCUGGACGGCACCUACUCGCGUGUGGCUAUCAACGAUGGCUUGGUGGAGUGGACGCAGAAGUAUAAGGAGCCCAUAUUUUCCACACCCGUCCUUCUGGAAUCAAAGUCGAAUAUUUUUUUGAGUGCUGAAGUUGCAGGGCGAGUCCACGCUUGUCAUGUGGGGAACGGAAAAAUUCUGGCCACAUACAACGCAGAAGGCAACAUCUUCUCCUCCCUGGUGGUCAAGACUCCACCGACAUUUAUAGGGCAUUCAUUUGUCGUGUUCGGUUGCAUUGAUAAACAUGUUUAUUGCCUGCGAUGCAAAUCCGGCAUGAGCGGAAAAUCCGUUGACUUUGAGCUGCACUGGAAGGUCAAUGUAGGCGCAUCCAUUUAUGCCACACCUAGUCUUCUCACCGUGGAACCAAAUGGACUUCUGGUUUGGUGCGGGGCAACCGAUGGACGUGUCGUCCUAAUGAACUUCAGAAAUGGCGAGAUUCAGUGGUCGGAUAAACUUCCUGGCGAAGUUUUUUCCAGUGCGUGCUAUAUUGAAAGAAUGCGUCGUAUUUACGUGGGAUGUCGAGAUAAUUUCCUCUACUGUCUGGGCAUUUAGAAAUUAAGCCCUAAUAAGUAUAAAGUGUAUAUUUUAAACUGUAUAUCGUAUUACAAAUUUACAAACGA